UCAGAGUAAUUGCAGUCACAAAUGCAGAACAAAGGAGGCCAGUGGUGGGGUGUUCCAGACGUCAGAACCUACACAGCAGCACACUUCCAAGGCAGCAACUGCCAGAGGAGUGAUUGAAAUUUGCAGCUUAACUCGCCCAUGAUUUUAAUGUCUGUACAGAAAGGUUACCUUGUGAAUCAGGCAGCUCGGGAACUGAAAGCUCUGAAGGCGGCUAAACGAUGCAGUGGUUUGCUGCAGGGCUCCCGAAGCUCAUAAAUAAGGCAGGGAAAUGAUGAGUAUGAUCACGGAGAUGCCGAGAUUCAAAAGUGAUGCCCAAAGAUGCUGCAAGUGCUGCAUUCUUCCCACAAGUACGACUGUACUGGGUUUUACACUGGUCCUGCAUUCAGAAAUCUUUUUCCUGCUGUUUUGUUCCACUGGCAUCAAGCGCUCCUUCACGCACACCAAAGUUUGGGGUGGCCCGUAUUAACAAAAUGAGCCUCCAUGCAGCCACCGGAUAUGAACGGUCGCGGGAUAGGCGCAGGUCAAGCGAUCGAUCUCGUGACUCAUCGCAUGAGAGGACAGAAGGGCAGCUCACACCUUGCAUCAGAAAUGUUACUUCACCCACUAGACAGCAUCAUGGUGACCGAGAAAAAGAUCAUAUCUCUACUUCACGGCCCAGCAGCCCUCGUCUUCAAAAGGUUUCCCCAAAUGGCUCUGGUAGCAUCGGCAAUCUCAGCCGGAACUGUAGCCAGUCCAGUGCUGAUGGGACGUGCAAGUCAGCAGGAGAGAUGGUUUUUGUGUACGAGAACCCAAAGGAAGGAACUCGAAGCGUCCGCACUUCAGAACGAGUGACACUCAUUGUUGACAACACCAGAUUUGUUGUGGAUCCUUCCAUUUUCACUGCACAACCCAACACGAUGCUGGGCAGGAUGUUUGGAUCGGGCAGAGAGCACAACUUCACACGUCCAAAUGAAAAGGGAGAGUAUGAGGUGGCAGAAGGAAUCAGCUCCACAGUGUUUCGAGCUAUUUUGGAUUAUUACAAGACGGGUAUCAUCCGCUGUCCAGAUGGGAUCUCGAUUCCUGAACUGAGGGAAGCUUGUGACUACCUCUGCAUCUCUUUUGACUACAGUACGAUCAAAUGCAGAGAUCUCAGUGCUUUAAUGCAUGAGCUCUCCAACGAUGGUGCACGCAAGCAGUUUGAAUCUUACCUGGAAGAAAUGAUCCUUCCGCUGAUGGUGGCUAGUGCUCAGAGUGGCGACCGAGAAUGCCACAUUGUAGUGCUAACUGAUGACGAUGUUGUCGACUGGGAUGAAGAGUACCCGCCACAGAUGGGAGAAGAAUAUUCACAAAUUAUUUACAGUACCAAGUUGUACCGAUUCUUCAAAUAUAUUGAGAACAGAGAUGUAGCCAAGACUGUCCUGAAAGAGCGAGGAUUGAAGAAGAUCAGACUAGGUAUUGAAGGUUACCCUACAUACAAGGAAAAGGUGAAGAAAAGACCAGGGGGGCGGCCCGAGGUCAUCUACAACUACGUGCAGCGUCCGUUCAUCCGGAUGUCCUGGGAGAAGGAGGAGGGGAAGAGCCGCCACGUUGACUUCCAGUGCGUGAAGAGCAAGUCCAUCACCAACCUGGCAGCGGCGGCGGCCGAUAUCCCACAGGACCAGCUGGUGGUCAUGCACCCCACGCCGCAGGUCGACGAGCUGGACGUGCUGCCCAACCACCCGGUCAACAGCAACAACGAGGUGGACCUGGAGCCUCCACCCCCGGCUGUCUGACGGCUUGUGUGAGUGGGGAGGGUGGAAGAGGGGCUGUCGGAAAACCCUAAAGCAUGCCGUUGGUGAUUGACGUUGUCCUGAUGCAUUUAUCCGUGCAAGAGCAAAAGUGUCGGCGUUGUACACUAAUAUGAACAAACUAUAGUCGUAACCAAGUGACCUGCUCCACAUCUUAAGUUACAAACAACGGGGCCCAAAGCUGAUUGCUUUUGUUGCCGGGAGGCAGAGUGAGAGAGGAAUUUCUUUGUUUCUUCCACAUUCUUAUUUUUAAAUGCACAAUGUUACUUAAAAAAGGCAAUUGCAAUCUGGGUGCUAUGUACCAGGGAAUGGCUUUGAUCUGCGAUUUUUUUUUCUCUUUUGUGUUUUAAAAGCCACGUGUUCUGUGAAAUGCAUUAAGUUUCUGCAGAUAUGGCAUGGUUGACACAGCACAUGGGGUGAGGGUAUCUCCAGAUUCUGUGCACCAAAUCUGCCCUGGUGGUUUGAAGCAUUUUGUUCUUCAGGCAUAGUUAUUCCUUGGGGAUGGUGGGCCAUAGAGUAUAUAUUCUAGGUAUCACAGUGUGCAGAGGUGAGUGCUGGUCCGUGAAACCAUUAUGAAGUUUAUUUUAAUUUCCUGAACUAUAUGUACAUGUUGCAGGAGUGUUCUUUGUACUUCUAACAGCUGAGGAAUGAUUAUAUAAAUAAACAUCACGAGCAUUUCUCCUC